AAAAAUGAAGGUUAUCGCUACCUACUUGCUCUCUGUUCUGGGCGGAAACACCAGCCCUUCUGCCGACGAUUUGAAGAACAUUCUUGGAUCAGUUGGGGCUGAUGCUGAUGAUGAUAAAAUUGAGCUACUGCUAUCUGAAGUUAAGGGUAAAGAUAUUACAGAGCUGAUUGCAUCUAGAAGGGAGAAGCUUGCUUCAGUGCCUUCUGGUGGUGGUGCAGCCAUUGCUGUGGCUGCAAGUGCUGGCGGCAGUGGGGGUGGUGCAGCACCUGCUGCGGAUAAGCCAAAGAAAGAAGAGAAAGUGGAAGAGAAAGAGGAGUCAGAUGAUGACAUGGGCUUUAGUCUUUUCGACUGAGGGAUUCUGAUGUCGGUCUUUGUGUAGGAAGCCAAUUGCUUCCCAUUUUAUAGCACUUGGGAUGAAUUUUUGGUCAGUGGAGGGUUAUUUUAUCAGAUGUUUAGAGGGUUUUUUGUUCUUCCUAUGUAUCUUUUGACUCUGGCAAAUUGAAGUUUUUCCCAUA